AUGGUUGAUGCAGAGAAAGACGCUGCAGUAGCACCGAUCGUGGACAUUGCGCCGACCAAGCAUGUUGAUCCUACAUUGGAGAAACAUGGCCAUGAUGCAGACGAGGCCAUGAAGGUCUUUGAAGACAUACAUGGCGAAGCAAUCGAAUUAGACGAGGCCACUAAUCGUCGCCUGCUUCGAACGAUUGAUUGGCAUAUGAUGCCUAUCAUGUGUUGUGUAUACGGAAUGAAUUUCCUGGAUAAGACCACUCUGUCAUAUGCCAGUGUGAUGGGGUUAAAGCAGGAUCUCAACCUUCAAGGUGAUCAGUAUCAAUGGCUAGGAAGCUUGUUCUAUUUUGGAUAUCUGGCUUGGGAGUAUCCCACCAACCGUCUACUGCAACGCCUACCUCUGGGCAAGUAUUCGGCGGCGUGCAUUGUGAUUUGGGGUCUGAUCCUGGCCUGUUUUGCGGCAGUGGAGAACUUCAGUGGUGCCAUUGCGAUUCGGAUCUUCCUGGGUAUUUUUGAAUCGGCAGUGACGCCAGGAUUCGCUCUGAUUACCUCCCAGUGGUAUACCAAAAAAGAGCAAGGCUCGCGCGUCAACAUCUGGUUUAGCUUCAAUGGAGUUGGUCAGAUUCUCGGUGGCGUGGUAGCAUAUGGCAUCGCUAUCGGAACCAAACAUCACGAGUCAUCGAUUGCGCCCUGGAAGAUCGUCUUCCUCUUCACGGGUGUUCUCACAGUUGUCCUGGGCCUUAUUUUCUUGUGGAUUGUUCCCGACAAUCAGCUGAAUGCGCGCUGGCUCAAAAAAGAAGAUCGAGUGCUCGCUGUGGCUCGAGUACGGGUCAAUCAGCAGGGCAUCGGUAACAAGCACUUCAAGAUGUAUCAGGUCAAAGAGGCCUUGAUGGACCCAAUCCCAUGGGCCUUCUUCUUCUACGCUCUGAUUGCAGAUAUUCCCAAUGGCGGACUGACCAACUUCUUCAGUCUAUUGGUGAGCUCAUCCUCCAGUUGGGAGCUGAUCUGUUGCAAAUCCCCGGGAGAUCUUUCUAACGCUGGUAUCCAGAUCACCGGGUUCGGUUUCACCGCCGAGCAGAGUCUCAUUCUGGGUGUUCCUGGUGGUGUUGUGGAAGUCAUUGCUCUCUUGUUGAAUGGCUAUGUUGGCCACAUCACCAACCAGCGUCUGCUGUCCAGUCUGGGUGGUUUAGCCACGGCCAUUCUCGGCGUGAUUCUGAUUGUCGCUCUGCCCGAGUCCUACAAUGUAGGCCGCUUGAUUGGGUACUAUAUGACCCAGGCAAGUCCAACCUCGUUUGUAGCGCUGCUCGCCAUGAUCUCGUCCAAUGUGGCUGGCUAUACGAAGAAGACGACGGUCGCUGCGAUGUACCUGAUUGGGUACUGCGUGGGGAAUAUCAUUGGUAAGUUAAGCAAGAAGAUUCCCAUGGACACACACGAGCUUGUCUCUUGCCUACAACAGGCUUCUUGGCGCCAAUCCUGUCGCUUACGAGCAAAGCGCUGGAAGGUGGCUUGUUUGUGCCAAGUGUCAAGUGACCCCGACAUCGCUAACUCUAAAUCGCAUUUGCCGACCGCAGGACCCCAAACCUUCCGUCCCCAAGAUGCCCCGCACUACACCCCCGCCGUGAUCACCAUCAUUGUCUGCUACUUUUUGAGUCUGUGCAUCACCGUCUUCAUCUGGUGGUGGUAUCGUCGGGAGAAUGCACGCAAGGCCGAGAUCCAGGCACGACCGGAUUAUGUGCGAUUGGAAAACCAAGAGUGA